CACAGCGCCCGCGAAGAGUCGAACAAUCGCGUCGAUUUUCGCUGCUUGCUUCUUCAUUUUCCAGCCCAUGAACCGCCCAAGAGCUGCCUGGAAGUCCCAAUCCACCGCAACACUGUGCGACAAUACGCAUAACGGCCGCAAUGGGUUCGAAACGGGCGAAGGAGAGGAAGAAGGCCGAUAAACCCAGCUUUGACGAGACUGCACUGGCCCAGCUGACAAGCAAAAUCGACAAGUCCCUCGCCGAGUCUGAGAAGCAGCGUCCACCAAAGCGAAAGAGACAGCGCGACAACGAAGACGAGCACAACUCGAAGCGGCACCAGACUCGGCCUGCAGAUAACAACCCCUCCAAACAUGCCGGCGAAGGACUGAAGAAUAAGCAUUCGGCGACCCUGCUUGACGAAAUAUUGGCUCUCGGAGGAGAUGAAAAUGACCUAGAAUUGGUUGCUAACGUCGAUUCUGGUGAUGAAGGCGGUGAUGCGGCUCGUCCAAAUGCCCCAUCCCAACUUGAAGUCGACAAGUCCCUACGGGAUGAGCUUGCGCAGUUCGCAUCCAGCCUCGGCUUCAACAAGUUCCACCACAAACACGAAGAUCUCGAAACCGAAGAGGAAGUGGAUGCUGCCGGAGACGCAGAGGACAGUAUCGCCGAUGACGAUCCUGAAACCGAUGAAGAGGACGUCGCACCACCCCCCGCACCACAGGAAGCUCGGCAGGGGAAGCAGUCUGGGAAGCUGAUAUUUGAGCCUCGUCCUGAUUGGCAUGGGCUUUCUUUGGAAGGCCUGCCUCCAGGGGUAGCCGGCAGCGGCAAGCAGUACUCUGCUUCCGUAUCGAAUCUCAAGGCAUAUGCGGAGAAGCUGUUGGAAGAAGAUUCGUCCAACUAUCUCGCGAAACAAGCAUCCAGCUCAACCUCCAAGUUCAUAUCCACCAUUAUGUCGUCUGGAACACUGUCGGAUAAGGUCUCAGCCUUGACGCUGUCGAUUCAGGAGUCGCCGCUGCACAACCGGAAGGCUUUUGAGAACCUGGUCAACCUGGCGGGGAAAAGGAGUCGUGGUCAGGCAAUUGCCGCUUUGGGAGCUAUAGUCGAUCUGCUGGGCAACGGGACGGUGCUCCCUGCCGACCGCCGCCUCCGCCCCUUCAACGCCCAGCCUGCUUUGCUUGGGGCUCUAGACGAACAGCAGACCGUUUCCUGGACGGAAGGGCGUGAACUCCCCGGGAAAUUGACCCCGCCGCAUUUGGUGAUGUGGGCAUACGAAGACUGGCUCAAAAGUGCUUACUUUCGCAUCAUCCAAUUGCUCGAGAUAUGGUGCUCUGACGAGAUUGAGUACUCGCGGUCUCGUGCCCUCGACUUCGUGUUUGGGCUGCUCAAGAGCAAGCCCGAACAAGAGGCUAAUCUGCUGCGGCUGUUGGUGAACAAGCUCGGCGACCGAGAACGCAAGAUUGCAUCGAGAGCCUCGUAUCUCAUCCUGCAGCUGCUCAACAUCCACCCCGGCAUGAAGGCGAUUGUCAUCAACGCCGUGGAACAGGAAGUGCUGCUGAAACCGGGACAAAAUCUGCGAACGAAGUACACCGCCAUCAACACACUGAACCAGACAAUCCUAAGCAUGAAGGAGCCUGGUGUCGCCGACACGUUGCUUCGCAUCUACUUUGACCUCUUCGUUUCUCUGUUGAAGACUGGAGCCUUGAACGACUUCGAAGCUCGUGACGGCGACAAGAGAUGGGGAAAGCCCCGAAAACCGUCAAAGAAAAAUGGUGCUUCCGCCGGCCUGGCUCCCGGGAACGAGCAGGAGACAGCACAGAAGCUUGUUUCGUCAUUGCUGACUGGCGUUAACCGAGCAAUUCCCUUCGCCACGGCCGAGGACUCGACACUCGAGAAGCACCUCGACACGCUGUUCAGGAUCACCCAUUCCUCCAAUCUCAACACGAGUGUUCAGGCCUUGAUGCUCAUCCAACAGCUCGCGGCGUCAAAACAGCUUGCUGUUGAUAGGUUUUACCGCACUCUUUACGAGUCGCUCCUCGACCCGCGGCUCGUCUCGUCCUCCAAGCACGCCCUCUACCUCAACCUCUUGUUCCGGGCCAUGAAGAAUGAUGUCGACGUUCGCCGGGUUAAGGCGUUCGUCAAGAGGCUAAUCCAAAUCCUCGGUCUGCACCAGCCAUCUUUCACAUGCGGCAUUCUCUUCAUGAUUGCCGAAUUACAAGAGAGGUUCCCCGAUUUACGCACUUUGCUAGAUGAACCCGAAGACAACGAUGACGAUGGCGAGGAAGUCUACCGGGACGUCCGAGAGGAUGGUCUCGACAACCUCGAGGCCCCGUCUGAGACGAACACUCCACGCGCUGCGGCCUACGACGGCCGGAAACGAAAUCCUGAACACAGCAACGCGCACCGGAGCUGCCUCUGGGAGCUGGUGCCGCACCUCGCCCACUAUCACCCCUCGGUAUGCGUGUUCGCCUCGAAUCUCCUGGCUCGACAGAAGGCGCUGCCCAAACCAGAUCUGGCUAGCCAUACCUUGAUUCAUUUCCUCGACAAGUUCGUCUACCGCAACCCCAAGGCAGAGGAAUCCAAGCGCGGUGGCUCCAUCAUGCAGCCGAUUCUCGCGUCCGGCGCUGCAUCACAUAUUGUGGCAUCGAGCAAAGCCUCUGCCAAGAAGCAGCCGGCUGUCAACUCGGCCUCCUUCUGGAAUUUGAAGCCCGAGCAGGUUUCCGCCGAGGACGUCUUCUUCCACGAGUAUUUUUCCCGAGUCGGCAAGCCGAGAGAGGCCGCCCGUGUCAAGAAGACGGCCGACGAUCAGGUCGGAUCAGAGGUCGAAGAGGCUGGGGAGGAGGAGAUCUGGAAGGCGUUGGUCAACUCUCAGCCUGAGAUUGAAGGCGCUGAUACCGAUGAAAACGACGAGAUGGAUCUGGAGGAAUAUGAUUAUUCGGAUAAUGAUAUGGAGGUUGAUGGGCUCAAUGCCAAUAGGAAGAUAUCAGACGUGGAAUCGGAUGGCUCGGAAGGCGACGAUGGUUUCGAAGGCAUCUUUGACGAUUCGGAGGAGCAGGAGGAAGAGGACGAGGACGAGGACAAGGAAGAGACCGUAGAUGAGGGCGAAGACGAGGCUGAGGACGAAGCCGGGAAGGGAAUGGUUGAAAAGGGCCUUGGGGGCAGGCUCAGGAGGAAGGAGCUGAAGAGCCUUCCGACUUUUGCAUCGGCCGAUGAUUACGCUGAGAUGCUGGCCGGAGAGGACGACCUGGACGACUGAUUCUGGCUUGGCGAGCCGGGCACUGCGCAGUUAAAGUUACAGGUGUGUCAUUAUGUGGAAAGUCACAAAAUAGGGGGGCGCUUGUUCUGCAGUCAGUUUGCCGUGACUCGAUUACUACGAGCGAUCGUACACAGGUCCUCAUUCCUUAGGUAUCGAACCAUUCCAACGCAUCGUCCUUUGUAAAGAUUGCACGGUAUGUAUGUCCGCCACCCUCUUCCUCCUUAUCCUCGGUGUCUAGAGUGCGCAGUCAGUCUCGAGUCUUCUGGGCGGCAUCGCCCUGAUGGAUUGAGGAGGAUCGAAGGAGACGGCCGGAAAAACCUACGGAUGGAGUGGAGUGUCGCUUGGUCAUCCGGGCCUCC